UCCUUGUAUAAGCGGCCGAACUGUGAACGCCAUGUUCCAGGAAGUGGGUCGCUAAAAUAAUUCUCAGUGCAACGAGUGAAAUCUUGGCAGAGAAAUUCCUCGCUACAAAACCAUCAGCAACUCUCUCUUAGUUUGAGCAUGGAGGUAGAUUCUACCUCCACGGUUUGAGAAACUUAGAAUCAACGUUGAAGAGUGUUUGGAGGAUAGUCAUUUCAGUGACUUAUUACUUUCGCCCACAAUGGCCGACGCCAAUGCCUCGAUGUCGUCGCUGACAGACUCUGAUAGGUGCGCCACCGCUUUUAGGCUGGUCCUUCAGCUGAUCGAGGCGGCAGAUGUGACCUUCGACAACAGAAUCGGCGUUCUGAACAAGAUCAAGGAGACCUGGGAGAGGAAUGAAGACGUUAACGUGAUGACAGGAAAUGAGUUUGUUGAACAAUCGAGAAAUGAGAGAAUGGAAAAUGGGUCUCCCAUCAACAGAAGUUCACCGAACCGCUCAGAAUCAAGGAAGCACCUUCGCACCACUAAGUUGAAUAUCUCCAAAAAGUACAACCUUCUUCAUAAUGAAAAAUCCACGAGGGUUUCUAAGUGUAAGGUGCGUUCAAAAUUUCUUCAAACCGUUGAGGGGUUCAGACGUGGUCGUCAGUUACACAAAUGUAAGAUUUGCAAGAAAAAUGUCAGGAACGUGACCCGUCAUAUGCAAGUUCACAGCGAUAAGAGACCACACCAUUGCCCGAAAUGCCCAAAGUGCUUCAAAGAACUUGCCCAAUUCAAAAGGCACUGGGUCAAGGCCUACCAUGGUAAAUUGUUGAAAUGUUAUUACUGCUCGAAAAAGUUCAUGAAUCAAGGUGCGCGAAGACGUCAUGAGAAGGAACACCACGGCGGUGACAAUAAACAGACCGGCAGGCCAGAUCCUGCCGCAAAAGGAAAGAUCAAAGCAGCGCCCUCAGUUAGAAGAGAAAGUGAUGGACCUAGUCAGUCUAUCCAGAACACUGAUCGACCUCAACGACAUCCUCAUAAUGUCCAGAAGUCGAAAAGGGUACCCAAUAAUCCAAAGGGACAACCGAGGGCUGCACGCCUUCAAGGACAAACGGCUCCUAGCAGAGAGACCUUGAAGGAGCACGUGCGACGUCAUAGUGCGAAACAGUAUCCCAUUAUAUCAUCCUCUGCAGCCACCACCGGCAAAGACGUCAUCGAAUCAUCGAGCGAGGAAGAGUUUAACCUCACUGAUGAAGCUGAUGGAGAUUGGACCCCAAUUGCAACCCCGACCAACCAUCGCUCUGGGUCUGAAUCAAACCUUCAAUGCAAAUUCUGUUGGCGACAUCUCUCGUCCAACACUCGGCUUCUUGAGCACGAGAACUGUCACAAGGAGAAAAAGAAGCCUUUUCCGUGCCUGGAAUGCAACGAAGUGUAUUUCUCAGGACCAACCUUGUCAUUACAUUUGCGAAAAAAACAUUAAAAAAUUACAAAGGUAGCCAAGAGGGUAAAAUUUCUUGAACAAAAAACACUGCUGAAUACCUGCACUGUGACAGAAAUAGCUCAAGAUUAAUGCUACUUUGUAAGACGUGAGCGAAUUCACAGGGUUUAUCGAAGCAGUUAAAUGCUUGAGCCUUGUUCAUGAAGUCCAAGAAACGACUAUUCAUCCACCUCUGUCGAUUUAACCUAAAGGUAUGUCUUUACUGGAUAGUUCACUUGUUUAGAAACUGUUUGAGACGAUGCUUGCGCGACUAGACGGAACCACAUAAAAGACACGUCAAAGUGGACUUUUGUUAUUUCAUAUAGUUUGAUCAUGUGGACUGAAUUUGUCUUAUUCAAUAUUUAUCGCCAUAUGGCAGUCAUUUGUAAUGGCUUUUAUUUCAUCGGUAACCUAAAAACAGAUCGUCUCGACCUGAGAAUUUAAUUGCAUGAUCAUAAAACAUACUUAAAUAUUAAUAUGUUGACUUAUAUCGCGAGAAGGUAGUGUGGGUUCCCAUGCAACCCUGUGCAUAGUCCACGAAGAUUUUAACCUUACGCUGUUUGCAUACAUGGAAUGCAAACAAUGUUAAAAUCUCUUUAACUUUUAUGCAUCUGUUAAUGGUUCCUGAUUUUUUUCAAAGUUCUAUUUUGUUUAGCGUAUAAUCUUGAGUGUGUAUAUUAUUUUCCUUUUAGUAAAUCUGACAGCAAGUUUGCAUGUUGAUUCUCAGGCUGGAUGUGUGGGUGAGUAUAAGUAAGUAAAUUCCUCACAAAACACACACACAAAUGCAUAAUGCUGCCAUAUACAUGACUGAAUAAAGCAGGCAAAGUGCACUAUGUACUUGUGACUUGUUUUCAAAGUGACUUCUUUUCCACCUGAGUACAGAGAAAUAUUUUUAUGUAUUAAUGUUUCUAGACAACCAAAUAACUGUUGCAUGUAUAACCGUAUUUAUGUGGGCUUAGGAGUCCGUUUAAUGUACGUAUGUUUACUGUUAGGAAUAUUAUACAAUUUAUUUCUUCAACAUGUGUGUGUUUUAAAUACCUUGGUUCAUAUCGAUAUAUAAGUUUGUUUUCUUGUAACUUACCAAUAAGCCCUAUUGACCAGGCAUGGUUACAUUUAAACAUCUUAUAAUAUCUUUGUACGUACUUGUNGUUCCUGAUGACAAUGGAUUAAUAACUUGACUUAGUGCCUUUUGACAAUUUAUUGCUAAUUCAACUUUUCCAAGUAAACGUAGACUUUAAAUUACAUUAAGCAAUUCUACAGUGAUAAUUUGCAGCUUGUUGAAGCUUUUAUCAUUUUGAGGGGGCACAAUGCCCUGAGGCAUAGUAGAAAAUAUUAAGAAUACAUUUUCUUGAUGUAUAUACCAAACGGUAUAUUUAUACAAAUGUAACUUUACAUGUACGGGAAGGGCAAAACCCCCGCAAAAUACCUUCACGGUGACCAUACAGUACUCAGUAUGAAAACAAUAAAGACCGACAUCUGUCAGCGAUAUAAUUGUGUGAGUGCGUAGACUCAACUAAUCAGAGUUACCAACCUCCAUAACAGGGUAGAUGAUCCAUAUUAAUGAGUCGUUAAUUUUAGUCAGGUGCUGUCAACAUAAAUAAAAUGCUGUCACAGAAAUACCUAUACGUUGGCGUUCACAGGAGAUGUUGGAAUUGCUCUGUCUCAGCGACAGAUUCAGACUCGGUUUCAUGUACAUAUAUUGCAGUGGAUUAUCACAUUGAAGACAGUUGAAAAGCAAUGAGAACGAACAUACGAAAAAAAUUCUCCUAAAAUUAAAAUUUACUCGACAAAUAGAGCAUCCAAUGAAAAGAGUUUCAACUGCGCAAUGAUGGGUUCCGCUGCACUGAUUUCAAAGUUAGAGUGAAGGGAGGUAGGGAAAGAAGGGAACCAGUGCAACUGCAUAACAAUGGAAUCAGCAAACAUUGGAUUUGAUUUUUUUCAAGAUCAUUCGUAAUGGGAUAUCUAACGUCUUAACUUUUUGCUGAUGUGCAGUGAAAUGCUGUGACGAAUGUACUCCAAAUUUCUGGUAAGCUUAAUUGCAUUUCAAACAAGAAAGCUCUAUGAUUUGCAUUGGCUAAAUGUGAAUGAUCUAAUGAAAUCAAUAAAGUUAUUUGUGUGUGAUUGGCUAUUAAAUUUGAAACAUUUUUUGUAAUAUUUCCUUAAUUAAAGCGCUAUUGUAUUGAAAUCGGUAGUCGAUUGUUGACUGAAUAGUAGUCUUAGUUUGUUAAUAUAGAUGGUUUAUAUUGUAAGUAUUCCUACGCAGCACAGCAUCCUUUCUCAAUCUGUAAUAUGUGGCAUACGUUUCAUAUAAUAUUUGUACAAAAUUGUAAAAUACCAGCGCCGUUAACAUUUUCAAGAUAUUUCAAAACAGAUUUUAACCUGACCCUAAGAUUGGUCUGGUCUACAAAUAUUUACCAUUAAAGUAGGAUAAGAAUUGCAGAAUAAAGUUCGGGAAUCACUCAUGGCAACAUGUAAUAUGUUUAACCCAAAUUUGGAGAAAUCAUUCUCCUCACAGUUGAACAGGUCCUUUUUGUCCAGCUUCCCUAUUCUUGAUUCAGACUUUUCCUUUCUGGGAUUCGAGAACGAGCACGUCAUAUUUUCAACAGGGGAGAGCGUCAUCAACGCCGUAAAAUGUGUGGCCCGUCUCUUUCGAAGAUGUGUUAGUAUUUAUUUUUCAUUACUAUUCAUUUUCAUGGUCCGGCAAUCGUCCGUUGACAAAGUAGAUAUUUUGAAUACAGGAGGUUAGCCUCAUUCCAAUGUUUGCUGUAGCUAAUCAGAGAAUGCCACCAAACUGUUUCCUUCCCUGUGCUUAUUUCACAACCGUUAAAGGUCAUAAUGAUAAAAAAAAUGGAGGUAUUGCAUAUGGGUCGUUCAUAAUGUAAUCUGAAAUUAGGUUUCAGUGUAAAAAGGUCAGUGGAAACUAUACCCUAAUAUUUACCUUGGGAAAAACUUAACAGUUCUGAGGUUUCAUUUCUACUAAGGUUUUCGUAAAGCCUUUGAAAUUUGGUUGACUUUUUGAAUCUACAAGACAAUAGUUGUGAUGUUUAUCUUGAUUUGUCAAAUGGCAAAGAUCCGGUGGCGUAACAUUGUGCCCAAACCGGGGAUUGGAUUGGGAGGAAUGACUCUCCCGGCCAUGGAAAUUCGGAAAGCCGGGGGGGGCAUUUGACAUUACACAGGGGCGAUGUAUUCGUUACACAGAGGUGCGUUUGUGAUCAGUAUUAAAUUCAGGCAGAAUUUCCCUAUCCUA